UGUUUUUAUAUCGAAGCACUUCAGUAGUAACAGAUACAUCCGAAAGAAUCAUUCUCCGUUCGUUGUGCUAGCAAGAAGGCCUUAAGAUAAAAGAAAACCAAAAAUAUAAAAGAAAAACACGAGCUGCUCCAGCGUAAAUCGAUAAUUGAAGUGAAAAAAUUUAGGAAAAAAACAGCGCGCUUUCAAACCAACGAAGUAAUUUAAAACAAAGUUAUUCUCAUCGAAGAUACGUUUGACAUCAGAAAUACCACAACAUGAGCCAAAGUGUGGACACAUCUUUUAUACCAGACCUGCCGAAGGGACCUUUGUGUGUCUAUCGCAAACGGGUGAAUUUCGACUGGAAACGCUUGCGGCUUAUCUUCGAAAGGGAGGAGGUUAUACGCAUCAAGUACAAAGUUUGGAAAAUACUGGAGAAUGAUCCGUUGUUUUCGCAGCCUAUCUCUACUCUGCCCAGCGAUCAGCAGAAACGCAUAUGUGCCAUGCAAAUGAAUCGUAUGCGCCAACUAGAUUUAGUCCCAAAAGAAGUGGAAGAGCGCUCGUUUGGCGAAAAAACAAAAUAUCUAAUGGGUAUUAAUGAAGCCUUGCAUAUUUACUGCCCAAGCUUAUCGGUGAAAAUUGCUCUGGGGGUCGGCCUUUUUAAUAAUGCCAUACGUGCCAUGGGCACAGAAAGGCAUAUGAAAUACUAUGAGGCUGCUUGGAAUCGUGAGAUAGUUACCUGCUUGGCUAUUACUGAAUUGUCGCAUGGCAGUAACACAAAAUGUAUUCGCACCACCGCCACCUAUGAUCCCAGCUCGCAGGAGUUCAUCAUUAAUACACCUGAUUUCGAAGCGGCCAAGUGUUGGAUUGGAAAUUUGGGGAAAACUGCUACCGUUGCUAUGACAUUUGCCAACCUUUACACGCCGGAUGGGGUCAACCAGGGUCUGCACGGUUUCCUCAUACCCAUAAGAGACCCAAAAACCCUGCAAGCGUAUCCCGGUGUAUUGGUGGGUGAUAUAGGCGAAAAGGUUGGAUUGAAUGGCAUCGAUAAUGGGUUUGUUAUAUUUACGAAUUAUCGUAUACCACGCGAGAAUUUGCUCAACCGCACUGGCGAUGUGACGCCAGAGGGCAAUUACGAGAGUGUAUUCUCGGAGCCCGGCAAAGUGCUGGGUUCUGCGUUGGAAUCUUUUUCGGCUGGCCGCAUAGGUAUCAUGCAGGAAUCCGUCAAUACUUUGUCCAGUGCUUCUGUCAUAGCGGUGCGUUAUGCUGCGCUGAGGAAGCAGUUUGGCCCCGAGAAAUCUGGCCCCGAAGUGGCUAUUAUAGAAUAUCAACUUCACCAAUGGAGAAUAUUCCCUUAUUUAGCAGCCUCCUGUGUUUUGAAAAUAGCCGUUAACGAGUUAACCAACAAGUAUUUGGAAAUCAUAGAAAAAUCUCAAGAAGACUCGAAUGGGUUCGAAUUAUUGACUCAAGCCGUUUCGGAAAUUCAUGCAGUUAUUUCAUCUUCAAAACCAAUGAUUACUUGGACAGCUCGUGAUGCUAUACAAGAGGCUAGAGAAGCGUGUGGGGGACAUGGAUACCUGAAGGCAUCUAAACUUGGAGAUUUACGUAAUGACCAUGACCCCUCUCUAACCUACGAAGGAGACAACAAUGUCCUCGGACAACAAGCGUCGAAUUGGUUACUGAGACAAUGGAAUGACAACAUCGAAAGUCCAGUGGGUACAGCAAAUUUCCUAAGAAAUCGUGAACAGAUUUUGAAACAAAAUUGGGAGGAUGUAAUCAAAGUGUCUUCAGUGGAAACAUUUGAAUUUGUAUUGAAAUGCUAUGAAUGGAUGUUAUGUCAUCUACUGGAAGUCACUUCAUCUCGGAUCGAUAAUGAUAUGAACAGCGGCAGUCAUCGAUUUACGGCCCGUAACAAUUCACAAGUUUAUGGUGCUCGCGAAAUGUCGAUGAUAUAUGCGGAAUAUUUCUCUUUGUCUCGCUAUGUUGAGAGAUCCCAACAACCCGAUGUCCAUGGAGAAUAUGCGAAAAUAUUAAAGCUUUUAUUUGAUGUCUACGCCAUGUGGUGUUUAGACAAACACUUGACUACCUUCUAUGUGGGAGGUUUCGCCCAUGGUUCCAAAUUUGCCGAUGUAAUAAGAACACGUCUUCUAGAAAAAUGUGCCGAACUAAAGGAUUCCGCUGUAUCGGUGGCCGAUGCCUUAGCACCUCCUGAUUUCGCUUUGAAUUCUGUCAUUGCAAAAUCUGACGGUUUGUUGUAUCAGAAUCUGAAGAACCAGUUCAUGACAACUCCGGGUGCCUUUGAGAGACCACCUUGUUGGCGUGAUAUUAUCAUUCCCCAAGUGAAUUCUAAACUUUGAAUGAAAUGCCUUCUGGACUAAAAGAAACAAGUCAUUAUAGUGUCCUUUGUUUUCAAAAUCAUUUGAAUUUUUUAAUUGUAAUUAAUUAGAACACAAGCAAUCUCCAACAACAAUACUUACAUAGACAUACUCCUAUUUAUAUAUGUACUUCAUAAGAUGAUCAUGAUAUUCACUCCACAUGUGCGUGUGUGUGUGUUUUACUACAUUUCAUAAUGGUCUUCGAACUACUAUGAUUUACAUGUUCUUUAAUUUUUACCUCCUGGAUUGGUUGUUGACGUACCCACAUCAAUGUUUGAGGUACAGAUAAGAGUUUACCGAUUCAGUUAUGUAAAUGCGAAAUGCAAUUGUUUAAUUGUUAUUAUUGCCAUUUUUGUGCAUUUUCUAAGAACCAAUUGAUGUGUAUUAAACUAUUUACAAUUUUUUGUUAAACUGAGUGUAUACAUUUAAUAUUCAAAAACACCAAA